AUGGCCUCUGCUCCGAAUGCUCAGCCCUGGUAUAACCGGGAACCUGCAGAUCUAAAGAAACUUCUUGAGGAGACGCGGGCAAAGGAAAUUGAAUGGCUUCUUAAAGAUACCAAAGCUCAGGUGAGAGCUACCGUGGCGUCGAACUUGCGCGAAUGUAGGGACGCUCUUGCAGCUUCUCCGUCCCCCAGUGAUAUAAACGGCAGUGAGAAUAACACAGAUAAACGUGAAUUUAGAUUGGUAGUGUCGAGUGGGCGCACAGAUUUGGUUAAGGGUGUGUUGGUGCGGGUGGGGACCCAGCUUGUGGACUUUGACAUCAAAGUGAAGCUGCUUGCCGCCGGGACGCACGGCGUGACAAUUGGAGGUAGCCCGGUGCAUACCCCAGUUGGGAACGGACCACAGACUACAUCUUCAUCUGCAUCAUCGGUACAUAGUCACCGUGACACAGGUCCUGGAUCAACAGCAGUCACUGGAUGCAUAACAGGACCAGUGCCUUCUGCGUUUGGGAGCUACAAACCGAGUGGGCCCGAGUCGCCAUAUCACCCGUUCGAACUAGUAAUGGCUAAUGCUACGAACCGACGAGCUGCUGUUGAGCGCUUAUUGCAGCAACAGAAGCAACAACAUCAGAGUGUGCAUAAUUCCCAUAAGCAUUUACCACAGCAAGCACUGCUAGCGCACUCAGUACAGACUCCGGAUGCUCCACCAUUGCCGCUGUACCAGCUGGUUGACACUGUAAAUUAUCUUGGUGAGGCCGUGACACUUGCAGAUGAUGGUGAUUCAGCUUACACAAAUCCUAAAGUGGCUUCUGACACACUUGGACGAUUAUCGAAUCUUGUACGUACAGCACUGGAUUGUCUGCGGGGUCCACCUCCACUCUUUUUCUUUCAUGGAGAUUUGAGUGGUGCACAAACUCCUACUAGCCCUGAAAAGUUGACACCAGUAACUUCAGCUCAAUCAAUAACUUUGCAUCAGCAUGACGAUUUGGUAAACACUAUGUAUGCGACCCCGGAGUCUUAUCUCAUGCGACAUUUACCGGAAAAUACAGUGGUGAGUUUCUACGUGUCAGAGGGAAACGUGGUGACAGAGGUUCGUGUGUUUGAUAAUCCCGACUUGCACAAUGUGAGUUCGAACAAUAGCUCACUUGAUCUAUCGUCUGUUUUUAGUUUGUUUCGCCGCGGGCAGCAGAACCAGCACGCACAUGUGCAUACUAAUCAGCACGAAUCUGGAGCAGGUGGAUCGGCUCUUCUGCGUGUACCCUCUGCGGCACAUCUUCACAGCGGGUCUUCAGGUAAUUUAAUGCACCAAAAUGUGCAUAGAGGUAAUACUGGAAACAGUGGUGGAGAUAGUAAUAGUGAUCCUGGAACCCCUGGAGAAAGCUUAAUUCGGGACUUUGUACGGGUAGAGUCUCCUGAUCCAAGCUUGAUUUCGUCAGGAGCCAAGUUACGUGCUUUACUUUCUCAUAUUGAUGUUUUAAAGCGGCGCUUGGAUCUUAUCGGAUAG